AUGAUGGAAGCGGAAGGGGCGGCGGCGGAGAACGGCGGCGCGGGCAAGGAGUCCGGAAGCAGGUUCAGGCGGGUGUGCGUGUUCUGCGGGAGCAGCUCCGGCAAGCGGAGCAGCUACCGGGACGCCGCCGUCGAGCUCGGCAAGGAGCUGGUGGGCCUGCUGAACGUGGACGGGUACUACGACUUCCUGCUGGCGUUCAUCGACAAGGCGGUGGACGACGGGUUCAUCAAGCCCUCCCAGCGCCACAUCUUCGUCAGCGCCCCCGACGCCAGGGAACUCGUCCACAAGCUGGAGUUCAUGCAUGAUGCGUUUCUGACCGUCCGUGGGAACCAAAGUGAGUACGAGCCGGUGCAGGACGAGGACCCGGCGACGCCCAAGCUGUGUUGGGAGAUCGAACAGUUGCAGCGGCUUGGUUGUCUGUCCUGCUACAUGUAUUCUGCUCCUAGCCACGUAUUCCUACUAGUCGUAUUCCUAGGCUACGUAUCCUGA